AUGUCACACUACCAUGUGUUGAAACGCAGCACGCGAAGAGCAGACGUUGCUGCUCGACACCUGCUCUUCCAGCGGCGCAGCCUGCACAAUGACGGCCGCAACCGACUAAGCAACUUCUGGGCCCCAACCCAGCGACAAGCAGCCGACUCCAAAGACCCCGAAAAUGGCCACGACUUACUCCUCCGCGCCGGCUUUCUACGCCAGGUGCACGCCGGAAUCUUUCACAUCCUACCCCUGGGUCUCCGCGUGCAGAACAAGCUCGAAAGGCUCAUCGACAAGCACAUGCAGGCUCUUGGGGCAUCUAAAGUCUCGUUGUCCUCCCUUUCCUCCGAGGAGUUAUGGCAACGCUCCGGCCGACUGGACAAGAGUCGCUCGUCCGAGUUUCUCCGUCUGCAGGACCGCAAGGGGGCGAAGUACCUCCUCUCUCCCACUCACGAGGAGGAGAUCACUUCGAUAGUCGCCAAUGCCGUGCACUCCUAUAAGGAACUUCCGUUGCGAUUGUACCAGGUUUCGCGCAAGUACCGAGACGAGCCGCGUCCUCGACAAGGCCUCCUGCGCGGGAGGGAGUUCCUGAUGAAAGAUCUCUAUACGUUUGACUCGAACGAGUCCGCCGCUCAUCGGACCUACGGGGAAGUGCGCAAGGCGUAUGUCGCUUUUCUGGAAGAAUUGAAACUACCCUACCUCGUUGCUCGCGCCGAUUCAGGAAAUAUGGGCGGCACGCUGAGCCACGAAUACCAUUUCGCCUCACCACAGGGCGAAGACACCGUCAUCACGUGCGACAAAUGCGAUUAUUCCAUCAACGAGGAGCUCUACGUCGGAUCCUACGAUGCCGAAGAAACCAGCCAUCCUUCCCUCUCGGUCGCGAGCGAGCUCUACAUCAGCAAAGACCGGACAAGACUUUGCUCAAUCUACUAUCCAUCCGACGACGGCGAACCCAACAUCUACGCCGUCAAAGCCAUUUUCCCAGACGUAGACACAGGCGUGCAAGGCGAGCAAGCGCUGCGAGAUCGAGACGAACACUCAACCAAUCCUCAAAAGCACAUCCACUUCCGCGACCCCAGACUCUCCCCCGAGCAAUUCGCAGAAGCCGCACGCCUCCCUCUAACCGAAGCCCAACGCCUCCCAACCGUCGCCCAACAACCCAUCACUUUCACAAAAGCGCGCGCAGGCGAUACCUGCCCGAGCUGCAAGCAAGGCGCACUGCACCUCCACCGCGCCGUCGAAAUAGGCCACACCUUCCACCUCGGCCAGCGCUACAGCGAGCCCCUGGAAGCCCUGGUCCUUGAUUCCGCAAAUCGCAAAGUGCCAAUGGAGAUGGGGUGUCAUGGAAUGGGCGUGUCGCGACUCAUUGGCGCGAUCGCGAAUUUGCUUGCGGAUGAGCGGGGCCUUAACUGGCCUUUGGCGAUUGCGCCGUUCGAGACGGUUAUCGUGCCGGUUAACGAGAGUGUCGUGCUGGAUGCGCAGGCGCUAUAUGACCAGGUCUGCGGUGGUGGGGUGUCUUCCGAGUCGGAAGUGCUUCUCGACGACCGAGAACGACCGCUGGGCUGGAAGCUGCACGAUGCAGAUCUGAUCGGGUAUCCGUUCAUUGUGGUGUUGGGCAAAGCGUGGACGAAGAAGGGCGUGGUGGAGCUGCAAUGCCGUCGCCUUCGGGUGAAGGAGGAGGUUCGGCCGGACGAGUUGGUGGCUCGCAUUCGUGAGAUUGGAGCGCGGCUGUGA